GAGUUAACCUUAAUUUUUUAGGUUAGAUUUAGCUCCAGGCUAGCGCUAGGCCACAGGAGUUGAAUAUUUUAAAUCCCAUUUGAUUCGAAACUCUACAAAAACCGUAGGAUUUAUAAUAUAACGUCUAUUUUUCUCAAGUCCAAGAUCAAACAUAAAAUGAUUAUCCGAAUUUUUAACCAUUUAAAUAGGAGAUGUUGAAAACAAAAACACUUAAAUCUUUUCAAAAGACUACAUUCCUGGUACAGGUAGUUGUAGAGAACUCGAAUCAUGGACGCCGCGGUUUGUCUCCAAGAUUUUGAAGAUUUUGCUACCAAAUACCUCCCAAAGAAUGCUCUUGAUUAUUAUAGGAGUGGUGCAAAUUCCGAACAAACAUUGAAAGAUAAUCGAAGCGCAUUUGAAAGACUGAGACUUUAUCCCCGUAUCCUUCGAGAUGUGUCUGUACGUGAUAUGUCAACGACUGUCCUUGGUCAACGGCUCCCCUAUCCCAUUGCUAUCGCACCUACAGCUAUGCAGAGAAUGGCCCAUGCAGAUGGGGAAGUGGCAACAGCACGAGCUGCUACAGCAAUGGGCACCGGUAUGAUCCUCAGUUCCUGGUCUACCAGUAGUAUUGAGGAAGUUGCAGAGGCUUCUGGGAAGGGACUAAGAUGGUUCCAGCUCUACGUGUACAAGGAUAGAGAGGUCACCAGGGACCUGGUCAAGCGUGCAGAGAGGGCGGGCUACAAGGCCAUUUUCGUGACGGUGGAUACGCCCAUGCUCGGGAAGAGACUGGCUGAUAUCAGGAACAAGUUCUCUUUACCGGAGCCACUAAGAAUGGCAAACUUCACCUCCGAGCUUAUCGAGUCUUGUGUACGUGGAUCAUCCAGUUCAGGUCUAACAGAGUAUGUAGCAUCACUGAUUGAUCCUACGCUAAGCUGGAAGCACAUUGAAUGGUUGAAGACUAUUACAUCAUUACCGAUCAUUCUCAAAGGUGUCCUCACAGCUGAGGAUGCACGAGAAGCAGCAGCACACAAUGUAGCAGGCGUGGUCGUAUCCAAUCAUGGAGCUAGACAGCUUGAUGGGGUUCCAUCUACAAUUGAUGCCUUGCCUGAGGUUGUUGAUGCUUUAAAAGGCACCGGGUUGGAGGUUUAUCUGGAUGGUGGCGUCAGGACUGGAACAGAUGUUCUAAAGGCGAUAGCCCUCGGAGCGAGGGCGGUAUUCGUUGGUCGACCAGCAUUGUGGGCUUUGGCAUACAAUGGUGAGGCAGGAGUGAAGAGAAUGAUUGAAAUUUUAAGGGAUGAGUUUAGUCUUGCCAUGGCUCUUUCAGGUGCAACAAAUAUCUCAGAAAUCAACAGGAGAUUAGUCCGAAGACAAUCGCCAUCUUAUACCUCUUCAAAACUGUAAUAGAACUUAUCUGGAACCCAUAACAAAAAAGCUAACAAUUGACCUUAGGGUUGAUUUUGCCCAUUGAUCAUGCGCAAUGGUCAUUGCAAUCAAAUGUAGAAAUCAGCCCUACGGUCAGUUGUUAUGCUCAAUGUUACCGGGCACUGGUCAUCGUAUAUUCCUCUAUACAAAUAAUUAAAAACGAAUGUAUAUUUUUUUACUGCCAUUGUCAAAUCAGUGAUAUACAUUAUAAUGUAAUUGUGUGCUGUAGUUUGAAAGAUGUGUCUGUUGAUGGGCAUGUGACCAUUUAGUGUUUGAAUCAUUCAUUGUGCAUGCAUUUAAUGUAAGGUUAAAAGUGAACGAGGAGCACUCCACCUGGGAGUUUAAAAAAAAAGUCAGUUCUGACAGGUUCAUUGAAAUCCUUCAGUUUGGUUGGCUGAAAAGCAGUGGUCUUUGACUGUUACUAUGGUAACUGCCAAAGAAUGAAAACUUGUCAGUGCUGAGAAAUGAUGCCCAUAUCUCACUUUAAUCAGCAAAGUGGGUUUUUAAAUGAACUCAUUUGACAUAUCUCCACACCAUUUACUUACUGCAAUUUGAAGAGAAUAUAUCUCUUAACUUAUUCCAAUGGAGUUGAUGAUAAUAUAAGUACCUUACAGUUUAUUAAGAUUGUAUGAUGUGAGGCAGUUCAGAACUUUAGAUUAUUGAAAACAUGUAUAUUUUUUUUCAUGUAAUAUAUCUUGGCCUCUACAACAUUAAUGUACAGGUAAACUUGUGUGAGUAGAUUUUCAAUAUGUCCAAUAUUCACCCAUGGCAAAGCAGUUUUUUAGACCACAUUAUGCAAAACGAGUUUUAUAGACCUCAUCAAAUUUCUCCUCAGUCUAUCAGAUUUCCGUGAUCCCAAAAGAUUUGACUUCAGAAAAGUUUAUUCAUAAAUAUCAAUGACUGACUGGCUGACUUAGGUGCAUAGGACGGUGUGUCUCCUACUGGUGAUCCUUUUCCAUUCAACUGGGCGUUGUGGCGUGCGCCUGUAAUCCAAGCUAUGUGGGGAAGUUACAAAUUGAUGCAGAGGUUCGAGGUUCGAGCCCUGGUCACGUAUUUCGAAUGGUGACGUUAAAGGUCGGUCCCAGACAUAAAUAAUCAUAUCUGAUUGAUACACGUCUGACAAAACUCAAAUACACACACACACUUUUCCAUUCAGUUCUACCCUGGGCUAGGUCUUCAGAAUCCUGUGAGUCCCACAUCACUUCUGACUUGGUCCCUCCAUCUGGUAUGGGGACGUCCUGGUGGUCUCCUCUUUUCAAAGUCAUUCCUGUAGGCCUUGACAAAUAUACUUUUAUCUUGGACAUCUCGAAAAAUCAAGUUAAACUUGGGCAUUUUAGACUUUGUGGACAAUUUAGACUUGUGAAAUGAUAGUGUAAAAGAGAAGAUAAGUGAUGUACAGUAAGAUCAUAUUAGGCAUCAGAAAUGUUAGGUUUGAAUAUGCAUACUGCUGAUCGGUAUGAGUAUAUCAUGUCAAGUACAUAGGUAUUCACUUGCUACACUGUGUACUUCUGACAAAUUGGCAAUAUCAUGUAUCCUCAUGACUAGAGUAUUUUUUAACUUCAAUCAUAUUCAUUUUAUUAUCCACUGUGUGAAUAUUCAUUUUAUGGAAUUUGUAUUGUGAUUAUAGGACAACUCCCCUCCCCCAAGAGGGCAUCUUUCCCAGGGCUUGUGCCUUCACAUCCGUUUAUCACAUCUGGUCGGGCAAUAGUGUAAUCCAGCCAUGCCCAACCAUAUUCUCGCAAGGUCGGGUCCAGUUUACCCAAUGUUUUGUGAAAAUUAUAAGCUAAAUAUACAUAAGGGUUGGAUCAAAUUGGACCUUUCUGGAAUUUAAGGGGCCCUUUUCUUGAAUGGUCAAGUUAUGUGGUUGCCCAACCACAUACAAUAACCCGAUGUUGUGGCUCAAGUCCUUUCCCUGUGACUGGCUAGUUAUCCUCAAAGGAGUUGUCCUUCGGGUGAGGUGUCCUCUAGGGAGACUUUCCCCCAUGGAAACAUUUCUCCAUGGGAGGUGCUGACUGUGCUCCACUGGAUUUUCAUGUGGGGAUUGCCUUGUUUGCUCGAUAAUGUGUAGUUUGUAUAAUUCAUCUGAAAUUACCUCAUGACAUGAUGUUUUGAUUUCGAGGUUUAUUUUUAAUAUUUAAAUGUACUAUCGUCUAGAAUCAUGCCUUAUGUCAUUCUAUUCUUGACACAUAUAAAUAUUGCAAUAUAAACAAAUUAUAUUCUGUAUGUUGGGGAAAAAAUAAAUGGUUCACAUUUAUAUGUCAUAAA